AAUUCCCAACUUGACGAGGUGAAGUAAUUUCGACAAAUUUAUCCUCCGCUAUACGCAUACAACCUUGCUUUUUGCACUGAAUUGGACACAAUUGUAAUUAUCUGAUUUACGCUUGGAGGCAUCGAGGAGAGCAGGAAAGUUCUGUAGUUGGACAAUACAAUACUGUCAAAACGAUGAAAGCCCAAUUCCACGGGCCUUGCGUUGAGUGAAGUUUGGCUUAGUCUUCAAGUUCAGUGGCUCGUGAGGUGAGAACAGCUGGACUAUGCUCGAUAUGUUAACGUUAAAUCCCGUUUACAGUUGAAUGGUCUUACUGCUGUAAGGAGAUGGAAAAUGGAAGGCAGAGAAAAUUGUCAAAGGAGGGGUGGGUGGAAGAAAGGUGUCUUGGCACAGGGACCUUUGGAACUGUUAUACUCUAUGAAAAUAAGAUUUCUAAGGAACGGAUAGCCUUAAAGAAAUGUCGCUUGACACUGAAUCCUCAAAAUGAGAGACUAUGGCGGCAGGAAAUUGAAAUCAUGAAGAGACUUCAUCACCCCAACCUUGUGUCAGCUAUUGAUGUUCCACUGCCAUUGAAUGUUGGUGUUUUUGAACUUCCUCUCUUAGCCAUGGAAUUCUGUUCUGGAGGAGAUUUGAGAAAGGUACUAAAUUCCCCAGAGAGCUGCUGUGGGCUGAAGGAAAAGACAGUUGUGAAGUUGGCUUUGGAUGUUGCGGCUGCAGUUGAAUUUCUUCAUGGUCAUCGCAUCAUACACAGAGACAUCAAACCCGAGAACAUUGUGAUAAGUCAUGCACAAGAUAAGGUGGUUUUCAAAAUUAUAGAUCUUGGCUAUGCUAAGCAACUGGAUCAAGAAAGUCUGGCCACCACUUUUGUGGGAACUCUCAAAUAUGUGGCCCCUGAACUUCUUGGUAAAGUCAAAUACACAAAAACAGUAAGUAUAAAAUAAGCUGACAACUCAAUCAUGCAGCCAAUCCUUGACACUUAGCUUUAUUCCCCUGAAGAGGCCAUAAGAAAUACAUCAUUCUGUAAUACUGACAAAACAAUAGACUUCCUGUGCUGUACAUUCACAUUCUUUGUUAAAUUAUCUGCCUUUUAAAUCCUUAAAUAUUUAUGUGAGGGUUUUUGGCUGUGCCUGCUGUGCCUUCCUUCCUUCCAGGAAGGUGGUAGGCACUUGUAAUGUUAUGCUGUUGAGUAAGCAGGGCUGUAGCCAGAUUUCAGGACAAGACGAGGCAAGUUUCGAGCGCCGAAGGCGCGAGCCGCUA